CAUCUGAAUAAAUACGUUGCGAAAUUUCUAUUCUAUACAUUAGAUCGUUAAUAAAUUUAUUUUGUAAUCAAAUUAAAGAAAUACAUCUAGUUGAAAAUUGAAAUGCAUAAAAAAGUUAUAGUUGCUUCGUUAUUGCUUCUUUUUAUCCAAAUGUCAAAUGGUUUGCUUCGUCGGUGUUUUCAAUGUCGAUCUAGAGGUGAACUUGGAAGCUGUAAAGAUCCAUUCUCUUUUAAUGCAACUGAUGUUGAAAAUGAACCCGGAUUGUCGGCUGUACCAUGUGCAUCCGGAUGGUGUGGGAAAGUAAUUGAAGGUGGUGGCACAUAUGCCGUGGACGACUAUGAUCAAGCAAUACAGCGGAUGUGUGUGCAAAGGGGCCCUGAUGACAAUCAAGAUCGCUGCGCCAACACAGUUUACAAUUAUAAAAAAGUGUAUAUGUGCUUUUGCCAAGGAGAUUUAUGCAACUCAAGUUCAAAUAUUAGCAGUCAUUUUUGUUAUUUGGGACUUGUAAUAGUCGCUUUUAUAUGUAAUAUUUUCUUUUCCUUCCAACGAUAAAUUUAGAUUAGGUGUUCCUCAACACUCUCUAAAUUAACUUAUAAAAUACUGAAUUUGUUUUAUUCCCAGGAAGUGUCCCGUUUAGCCCAGCUAAAUAUUUGAAGAACGCUUGAAAAUAUAUGUCAUAAUAUUGUUAAUAAAAAUGAAACACGAAA